AUGAGCCAACACCACCAGCACCAGCACCGCAGACGACGACACAAGGAAUACAUUCCUGAAGAACGAUACGACAUUGACGGACGACUCAUAAAGAACGAGGCUGCCCUGAAAGCAAAAGCAUGGAAUCUCAGAGACAUUUUACGCGAUCCAAGCAAAAAAGCAGAGGCACUUGAGAAGGGACAAGCAUUUAUCAAACAACAACGUGGCAAAUUGAUAUUGAGUGAUGAUCGACCUUGGAGUCAUGAGAGCGACGAGAUAUUCUUUUCACGUAAACGAGAUGGAUUGGCAGCAUGGAUGAUGCCUCGUGGAUCUCCCAUUUAUUAUGAAUUUGAAGGGUUCUUUGUCAAGCUCAAAGAAAGUUUACAAUCAGCAACACCAUCAUCAUCAUCAGCACAACAACAAGGCACAUCAUCCUCUCUUUUACAAAGCGAAGGCGAGCUGUUACGACAUGCGUUGAUCUUGUUUCAUGAUUUUCAGCACAAAAAGAGGACGAAUCUCAAAGAGAAGCUUGAAAAGUAUCGAGCCGAAUUACCCAUCACAGCGUAUGCCAAUGCUAUUCUACACACACUUGCACAACAUCGAGUCCUUUUGGUUGCUGGUGAUACUGGAUGUGGCAAGAGUACUCAAGUCCCACAAAUUCUUAUGCAAGCUGGAUAUCGAAAGAUUGCAUGUACUCAGCCGCGACGUAUUGCAUGUUCAUCGUUAGCACGGCGUGUCAGCUAUGAGACUUUGAACGAGUUUGGAUCAGAGAUUGCUUAUCAGGUGCGAUUUGAAAAGACAAAGACGAAGCGGACACGGAUCCUGUUUUUAACAGAAGGUUUAUUACUACGACAAUAUGCAGCAGAUCCAACCUUAUCCAUGUACGACGUGAUCAUUGUGGAUGAAGUGCAUGAACGGCAUAUGAUGGGCGAUUUCUUAUUGGCACUAUUGAAGCGAUUAUUGCAAACACGACAAGACUUGUAUGUUGUAUUGAUGAGUGCUACGAUCAACGCCGAGUUAUUUGCACAAUACUUCGAUGCACCCACAUUGAAUGUACCUGGACGCAUGUAUACAGUCAAGACGCAUUAUUGGACAUCCGACAAAGAGGAUAAGAAUCUGGUCAAUGAUGCAGAAUACAAUCGUCGACAACGAGCCAUUGUCAAAGAAUCGGUUCCCAGCAAAAGUGAGCGUAUUGAUCCAGCACCUUAUCGACGCGUGAUGGAAUACAUUGAUCAAUCCAUCCCCAUCACUGAACGAGGCGACUUGUUGAUUUUCAUGUCGGGCAUCAAUGAGAUAUCACAAUUAGCGGAUGCACUUAAGGAGUAUGCAGAGCACAACAAGCAAUGGAUCAUUCUCAUGCUACAUUCGACUUUGGCUGUGGAUCAACAAGAAAAGGUGUUUGAUAUGCCACCCGAAGGAGUACGCAAAUGCAUCAUCAGCUCCAACAUUGCCGAAACAAGUUUGACGAUUGAUGGGAUUCGCUUCGUCGUUGAUUCUGGAAAGGUCAAGGAACUCACUCACGACGCAACAUCCAACAUGAGUAAGCUGAGCGAAUUUUGGAUCUCCAAAGCAAGUGCCAAACAACGUGCUGGUCGAAGUGGACGUACUGGACCUGGUGAAUGUUUUCGCUUAUACUCGGAGAAUGAGUUUGACCACUUUAAUGAUUUCGCUGUUCCUGAGAUACAACGUGCGCCAUUGGAACCUUUGAUAUUACAAAUCAAGGCACUCGAUCUAGGUGAUCCAAGGACAUUUGAUUAUAUCGAGGCACCACAUCCAGAUGCUGUUAAUGCCUCCAUGGAGUUUCUUCAAAAUCUUGGUGCACUUGAUAAUGCUGAAAACAUUACUGGAUUGGGAACCGUGUUAGCCAACCUACCGGUGGAUGCAGUGAUUGGCAAGAUGCUCUUGAUGGCAACGGUGUUCAAUCUUGUGGAUCCAGUUAUUACCAUUGCAGCUAGUCUCAGUGUACAAUCACCUUUUACGAGAUUAAACCCGGACACACAUUCAGACAUUAUCAAGAAUCGACGUAUAUUUCAUUCAGAGCAUGGCGACCCAUUUACCCUACUGAACGUUUGGCAACAAUGGCUGGAUGCAAAAACGGAUCGAAAGACAUCAUCACGCUCAUGGUGUAGAAGACAUGGAUUGGAAGAGCAACGUUUGUAUGAGAUUGCCAAAAUGAGACGUCAAUUUGAGAAGGUGCUGAAUGAUUUCCAACCGGGGCUAUUGCAAUUCUUGAGUGCUGAUUCGGACACUGAGGAUAAGGAGAAAGAGCGACAAUCAAAACGUGACAUGCUGAAACGUGAGCGAUACGAACAACGAUCCAGCAAACGGCGACGUGUGUUAACAAUGGAAUACGAAGGACAAGAGGAUUGGCAAAUGGAUAAUGAAGGACCUGCCGAUAUACGUGAUCUCGAGUUUUCUAUGACCAACAACCUGAAAGAUCUAAGGCAAAAGGCAGCAUUACUCAGCUCCGUCGACGUUGAUCUCAUCAAGUUAAUCAUUUGUUCUGCGUUUUAUCCUCAACUCGCCAUUGGUGAUGCCCACAACCCUUAUCGCAAUAGCAACGAAAUCGUAUUCCACACACGCUUCAAGAAUUUCCUUUCCAUACAUCCAACCAGUGUCAUUGCAGCUCAUCCGGAUUGGGUUCAAGGUCUUGGCGAGAAUGUGAGAAAAGAUGAUGAAGCUGUUGAACGGGCAUUACAACAUCAGCUGCUGUGUUACCUGCAACUCUUGGAAACAAACAAACCCUAUCUUUUAGGCAUUACACGUGUUCCUGGUAUUCACACCUUGCUACUCUGCGCGAAAACAAUUGAUACCAACGCCGAUUGCAGUGUCCUCGUCUUUGACUCGUAUUAUAUGGCCCAAUUUCGAACAGCCCAAGUGGCAGCCUUUGUGCUCUAUCAAUCAUACAGAUUACGCAACACAUGGCUUCGCUUACUUAAUCAGCGCAUCGGUCGUGGUUUAGGACAGCGAGUAUCUCAUCAAGCAAUUGAAGAUUAUGUUGUUACCCCUGCUGCAGCUGCCGACGAAAAUACGCCCAAGGUUAUCAAACGUAUUAUCAAAGAGGAACAACAAAGGCGACAAGAUGAUACAACCACCGACCUAUGGACACCAGCUGUGGAAGCUCGCUAUCAGGAGCAGGUAUCCCAAUUAGCAGCUCAAUUAGCAGAGGCAAUGGAGACGGCCAUAUCAGCUGAUUUUAGAAUAGCCAAGCCCUCUGAACUCAUCAAGAUGUAUCCCAAGUAUAAAGCACCCGUCGAGGAACAAGAAGGUAUCCCUCGCUCUUGGAAUCCCAAAGAAGUGAUACGUGAAGGAAUGCAAAUUACAUCGGUGAUCCAUUACAAUAGCCUUGAGACACCAUCUACGGCAUCCAGUAUCCCAAUUGAAGAACAACGCAUCCCUCGACAUGUCAAGAUUUAUUGGUAUUGCCCUCAUUGUGAUUCCACUUUUUCAUUUACCCUCCCACAGAUACAUGAACAUCUCGCUUCUUGUAAAUAUUAG